CAGACACACGCGCACACAGAUCCGGUCUCCUUUCGAUUUCGUUUCCCGGAAGAAUCCUUAAUAUUAUACGCACACCCUUUACACUAGAAGACAGUACCAGCACCGUGUCUUAAAUUUGUCGUUCGUGUGUCCACUGAAGAAGCACAAUAAUUAAUCCUGUCGGAUUUUGGACAGACUUUGCUUCCCGGACUCAAUCAUAAAGAGAGAGAGAGCGAAGGAGAGAGCGAUCGAGAGAGAAACAAACUUAUUGCAGGUAGAAGACAUGAAUGACGAGGCUUCACCUCCACCUUUGAUCAAGCAGGAAAGAGGUGAGACUGUCAGCCCUCCAGUUUUACUGCCAUCACCCCGUGUCCCCACACAUCCUUUAAUCCAGGUCUACUGCAAUCCUCAGGAGGAGCUCUGCAAACUGCCAGGUCGUCUCAGGAUUAACCCAUCACUUUGGGGCAAGGAUGAUGUAAGUCACUGGCUGCGUUGGGCAGAGAAGGAAUAUUCACUGAGGAGGACCGAUCAGGCAAAGUUUGAAAUGAAUGGCAAGGCUCUCUGCCUGCUCACAAAAGAAGACUUCCGACUCCGCUCCCCCAGCUCAGGUGAUGUCCUCUAUGAACUCCUGCAGCAUGUCAUACUCCAGAGGAGGGCCAUGGUGUGCAAGUCACUAAUGAACCUGUCAACGCCUCCAAAUUGCCCCGUCAUGGACGGUUCUCAGAAUCCUCUGCCAUCCAGUCCAUCUUUUAAAGACCUGGCCAAUGGCUCUGCAGGAUCUCAAUCUGCCACCAUGCCCUUGAAGCUUAUGCAUCUUUCUAGUCCUGGAGUUGAACACUACCCUGACUCCAAAGACAGGAAUCCCACUUUAAUGGUCUUUCCUGGACCACAGAUGACCAUUGAAAUCCCACGCAUCCAUGCUCAGUCUUUAUCUGAUGGCCAGUUAUGCUCUACUUCUCCCCGGACACAGCCAAUGAUCAGUCCAUCCAAUCAAAAUAAGCAACCGUCUCCCAACAUAAUGAACAACAAGGAGGAGCCUUUAAAUCUUUCACACAAAGGAGAUCUUCCAGGCACAAUUCUGGGACCUUCUGCUGCUCCAGCCAAUGGGAAGAUUGCAGACUGUCGACUUUUGUGGGACUACGUAUACCAGCUCCUUUCAGACAACCGCUACGAGAGCUUCAUCCGCUGGGAGGAUCAGGAAGCUAAAGUCUUUCGAGUGGUGGAUCCCAAUGGACUGGCAAGGCUGUGGGGCAAUCACAAAAAUCGAGCAAAUAUGACCUAUGAGAAGAUGUCACGCGCUUUGCGGCAUUACUAUAAACUGAAUAUAAUCAAGAAAGAGCCUGGGCAGAAGCUGCUUUUUAGGUUUCUGAAGACACCAGAUGAGAUCCUACAAAAUCGACCUGACCGGCUAGAGCAGGAUGAGACUACUGGAUGUGAAUCUCCAGACUACAAGGAUGACAUUCUGGAGAUUUCACCCUGAAAAUAAGUACCUCAUGGGUACCAAGCCACAUGUCACCUUAAUGAAAACGUUACUAUUUUGCACUAUAAAAUGAGCCUUGCAAUAACA